AUGCGCUCGCUCUAUGUCUGGUUGCUAUUUGCUGUCCUAACGUCGGCCACCAACGGUUACGAUGGUUCUAUGAUGAAUGGCUUGCAGGCGCUCACGCAGUGGAAGGAUUCGUUCAAUAACCCCGGUGCCUCGGAGCGCGGUCUGCUCAACGCAAUCAUGUCCGUCGGCGGCAUCGUCUCGCUGCCCCUCGUCCCCUACAUCGCCGACUAUGCUGGCCGUCGCGCGGGCAUCCUCACCGGCUGCGUGCUCAUGAUCAUCGGUGUCGUCCUGCAGACAGUCGGGUACAAUAUUCACAUGUUCAUCGCCGCGCGAUUUCUCAUCGGCUUCGGCGUCUCGAUCGCUCAGGGUUCGGCUCCCUUGCUCAUCGCCGAGCUGGUUCAUCCGCAGCACCGCGCUGUCUUCACCACCGUGUACAAUGCCACCUGGUAUCUCGGAUCGGUCAUUGCCGCCUGGGUGACAUUUGGGACUUUUAAUAUUGGAAAUUCCUGGGCGUGGCGGAUCCCUUCACUUUUCCAGGGUAUUCCUUCAGUGAUCCAGCUGAUGGCCAUUUGGAUGGUUCCUGAAUCCCCUCGAUUUCUUAUCGCCAAAGGCAAACACGAGGAAGCUCGUAAGGUGCUGGCUAACGCCCACGCGCGCGGUGACGAAACGGCCGAGCUCAUCGACGUCGAGUUCCGCGAGAUCCAGCAGACGAUCAAGCUGGAGCAGGAGUUUGAGAGCAACGGGUGGCAGGAGCUGUUCCGUACCCCUGGCAAUCGGCACCGCCUGUUCAUCCUCAUCAGUCUGGGCUUCUUCUCGCAGUGGUCCGGCAACGGGCUGGUCUCGUACUACAUGACCGAUGUGCUGGACGGGAUUGGUGUGACGAAUACCGACCUGCAGCUGGAAAUCAACGGUAUCCUCAACAUUGUCAACAUGGUUGUCGCGACUGCGGCCUGUUUCUUCAUCGACCAGUUUGGCCGGCGCCCGCUCUUCCUCUUUGCCACGGGUGGCAUGAUGGUCUCCUUUAUCUGCUGGACCAUCUGCGCCGCGGAAUUCGUCAAGACGGGCUUCUCAGCCGCGGCCAAUGCCGAAAUUGCGUUUAUCUUCAUCUACUACUGCUGUUACGACUGCGCCUGGACGGGUCUGCUUGUGGGAUACUCGGUUGAGAUCUUGCCGUAUCGGAUUCGCGCAAAGGGAAUGGUCAUGAUGUUCCUCAGCGUCGACGCCGCCCUCUUCUUCAACACGUACGUCAACCCAAUCGCCCUGAACCACCUGGACUGGAAGUACUAUAUCGUCUACGACGUGUGGCUCUUCGUCGAGUUGCUCGUUGUUUACUUCUGCUACGUCGAGACCCGCAACACCCCGCUCGAGGAGAUCGUCCGUUUCUUCGACGGCGACGGCGCCCUGUUAGGCGGCGACCUUGCCACGACCAAGAGCCGGCAGCUGGCGGACACGGUGGAAGUGGCGCCGGUUAAGACGGAGGAGAAGGCUUCAGCGGUGGUGGUGGGUGUAUGA